AUGCGGCUCGCCGUGCUGGCCCUCGGCCUAACGGUAGCUUCGAGCCUCGCCCCGAACAAGACGUCCCUGAAGGAUGGGUUAGAUGCCGAGCGCGACAAGUUCGGUUCGGUCGGGAGGCCCCGGCCUCUUUUGGCGCCCGAGAACGACGUCCGCGCGCCGCGCCCCGGACAUUUACGCGACGCGUUUAACGGCGACGACGGGCCGGGCGACGACCACGACUGGCGCGGCGGCGACGUGCUGGACCACGGCGUCGAGCGCGACGUGCCGCCCGCCGACGCUUUGCCUAGUCUGGAUAUUAUAGAGGUCAGAGAGGUGAUGUACGACAACCACUUCAUGUUUGCGACCGCAGACGCGCACGGCACCGUGAAGGCCGGCGUUUAUCCCGUCGAUCUGCCCGAGUCCCCGAAGACCUGGUCCUCGAUCCAAACGUACCAGGUCUAUGGGCCAGUCGUCGUCUCCGAUCCAUCACAAGACGACGACGCGGACAUGGUUCGGUCGUCCGCGAAAACAUCUUCAAGCUCGUCAACGAGGGCGGCGGCAUCGUUCUCGGCGACCGCCGCAUCCUCGAGCUCCUCAUGUCCGACCCGCACGGGUCGCCCGGAUGGCGCAUGGGGCCGACGUACUCUAGCUAGGUAA